AUGAGUGACAGCACCAAUAAUGAAGCUUCAUUGAGGAACCCACAGGUUCUUCUUCUUUCUGCUGGAAUCGGAACUUCUCUCUUUCUUUCGUACCGGUUAUAUAACCGUUAUGUUCGUCGCAUUCAGACUUAUCUCAACCUUACUCCUAGCAUGUUGAAUGGUCGUCGUAGAUUGUAUGGAAAAGUGACUCGAGUAGGCGAUGGAGACAAUUUCCGGUUCUAUCAUACGCCCGGCGGGCCCCUUCUCGGGUGGGGGUGGCUACGUAAAGUUCCCGAGGGUCGCAAUAAUCUCCAGAACGAGACGCUUAUGAUUCGUCUAUGCGGUGUAGAUGCUCCUGAAAGGGCCCAUUUCGGGAAACCGGCACAGCCAUUUUCUGAGGAAUCUCUUCAGUGGUUGAAGAAUUACGUGGAGAAUCGCUCCGUAACUAUUACGCCGUACUCCGUUGAUCAGUAUAAGAGAUUGGUUGCACGAGCGCAGGUGUGGAAAUUGACCGGCCGCAAAGAUGUCAGCGCGGAAAUGAUCCGCAACGGUAUAGGAGUGGUAUACGAAGCUAAGGUGGGAGCGGAAUUUGGAGGAAAUGAAGGCUGGUACCGGAAGCUUGAACACAAGGCAAAGAAGAAGAAGAGAGGUCUCUGGGUGUUAGGGAAGAAGCUUAUUACUCCUGGAGAGUUUAAGAAGAAUAAUUAA